AUGAUCGCAGUGUGUCCGAAAAUGGCAGCGCUGAAGGAUGUUGUUUCUUUGUACAAAAAUUUGAAAGAAGAAUGGACAGCAACUCCGUGUAAUUUGAAAAAAUGCGGUGAAUUACUUAAUCAAUUAAAGAUUGCUCUUACUCAUUUAAUGUUUCUUCCAACAUCUAAUAGUACAGCAAGUCAAAAUGAACUACUUAUAGCUCGUGAUAUUUUAGAAAUUGGUGCACAAUGGAGUAUAAUAACAGAAGACAUACCUUCUUUUGAACGUUAUAUGGCACAAUUAAAAUGUUACUAUUUUGAUUAUAAAUCAGGGUUAAUGGAAUCUGCAUACAAAUAUCAUCUUCUUGGUUUAAAUCUUUUAUUUUUGUUGUCUCAGAAUCGGGUGGCUGAAUUUCACACAGAAUUAGAAUUGUUACCAUCUGAUCAAAUUCAACUUAAUAUUUAUAUUAGACAUCCCUUAAGUUUAGAACAAUACUUAAUGGAAGGUUCAUAUAACAAAAUAUUCUUAGCAAAAGGCAAUGUACCAGCAGCAUCAUACAAUUUCUUCAUAGAUAUUUUACUAAACACUGUGAGAGAUGAAAUUGGAGCAUGUAUGGAAAGUGCAUAUGAUAAAAUUUCUAUACAAGAUGCUUCAAGAAUGCUGAAUUUAAAUUCAGAAAAGGACAUGAAAGCAUUUGCAGUAAAAAAGAACUGGACCCUGGCAAAGGAUGGUUACUUUUACUUUAGUACAACUAAUGAAAAGAAAACUGAAGAACCAAUUCCGAGUUCAGAUUUGGCUACAUUAGCAAUUGAUUACGCGAGAGAACUUGAAAUGAUUGUUUAA